CAUUUUUGAAGGUUCCAAAUCAUCGUGACACAACACACGCUUUGGGGAUGCAGCUUAUGCGGCAGAGAGUACUGGUGGCCCCGACCACGGAAUGCUCACCUGCUCAGCCAUUUAUGCGAUGCGGACCGCCCUCAUCAUUGUGACUGCGGCCGUGGGUUCAAAACUGCCCGUGAAAUGGAAAUCCACAGCUGUACGCAAGCUCCCCAGACAUGCGGAUGCAGGUACUAGCGACCAGGGACGACCGAAAGGUAUGGAGUAUUUUGCACCUUUGUUGUUCGAGUCCUUGACGCCAUCUAUCGGAAUGUCUAACACAGACGUACGAACUGUCUUUCUAGCUCACAACGCAGAUGGCAGACGUUAUCAGCUAUCUAUGGCGUAUAGGGGAUGGGAGGUGCUGUUAUUGCCAUCGGACGCUGCAAAUCACGAGGCAGUGGAUGGAUACGACCCCAUCCAUUACACUCGAGCGAUUGGAAGCAGGCCGCCCAUACAGCGAUUUGAUCAAUCUGCGCAUUGCUUGCACUGCGUGUAACAUUAUCAAAAGCUAUCAUGAGGUCGGGUUGUUCUUUGAGCUGCUAGAACGAGUUGCAACGACAACCGUCCAUCCCGUUCUAUAACCAUCAACCAUUCAAACACCAAUACAUCUCCUUUGCCAAUUCACUCUCUUUCACCAAUUCACCAC